AAAGAUUCAGAAUUUCGAGUUUGGUUGAUAGAAGAAAAACAAUUGAAUCCUGAGACGAUAUCAAAAGAUCGUCAAAGAAAAGAAUUUUCCAUUUUUGUUGAAGAUUACAAUACUGCUACAUUACCUCAUGAGAAAUAUUACAACAUGACGGAAUACGAAGUCCGAAUGAAAUUGAUCAGAUCCGGUCAAACAUUAACUUUAGAAGCGGAUAAAUAUGAUCCUAUGAAAGAUGAGAAAGAACAUGAGAAUAUGAUGAAAGCAAGAUAUGGUCCUAGAGAAAGUGAUUUAACAAGAGAAGAAAUAUUAGAACUUCGUAAAAUCCAAAAAGAACGUUCUGAGAUUGGGAAAAUGAGAAUAUUAGGUAUGUCCGUACCUAAAGAAAUGGGAGUAAGGACGAAAGAAGUGGAUAGAAACGUUUUAUUUCCACCUGAUCCUUAUUGA